AUGGACAACCUGACCCUUAGACACAGCGUUCUUCUCUUAGAGGGACUGAAAGUUACACCUCAAUCUUCAUAUCCAGUUUUCAUCCUGCUUCUCUUGGCUUAUAUCUUUACAAUGAUAUCCAACAUUGGACUUAUAGUUCUGAUCUCAACAGAGAAGAAUCUACAUCAUCCUAUGCACUUCCUGUUCUGUAACUUGCCCUUGAAUGAUAUAUUAGGGACUACUGUCAUUUUGCCACGUUUAAUGCAAGACAUAUUAAAGGAAACUUCAGAGCGCUAUAUCACAUAUGUGGAGUGUGUUAUUCAAGCAUAUUUUGUACAUGUAUUCAUAGCUGCAUGUCACUAUGUGCUUAUGUUAGGACUCACUGUGAGGUUAUCUCACUGCAGAUCUAAAAUUGAAAACCCUUUCUGUGACAAUGCCUCACUGUUUAAACUGUCCUGUGAAAGUGUUGUCAUAAAUAAUGUGUAUGGAAUUAUUUAUACUGUGGCUGUACUCUGCUUUUCAGCGGUAUCUAUAUUUUUAACAUAUGUCAAGAUUGCUGCUGUAUGCAAAAGUAGCAAAAGCCAAGCACUAAACAGCAAAGCUAUAAAAACCUGUAGUACACAUUUAGCUGUUUAUUUAGUCAUGUUUUUUUCUGGAGCUAUCAUGACAUUUCUCCAUCGUUUCCCUGAAUACUCUGACAGCAGGAAACUAGCCAGUAUAAUGUUUCACAUUGUACCACCAGGAUUAAAUCCCUUAGUAUAUGGUUUACAAACCAAAGAGAUAAGACAAAAAAUUGCUACAUUUUGCCCGAUGCUCACGGCUGCCUGUGCAAGUAUGACUGUCAACUCCAAGUCUAGUUCUGCGGCAGACACAACACUCAAAGGGGGCAGCCCUGCGGAAUCUUCAUCUUCGAAGGAUGAAAGCCCAUACCCCGAUGCUGUGAUCAACAUUUGA